AUGUCUACCACUACCACUGUCACGCAAGCCACUACAACGAACCCGAACCUGCACGGAUUUGGUCGCAUGCGCGUCGACGGCACUGAUCAACAAUACGGUGAUUUCCGCGACCAACUCACGCGCGAUGGAUAUGCGGUAGUCAAGGGGGCCAUUCCGCGCGAGAAGGCGUUGGAAUACGCGGACCAGAUGUACUCCUGGCUGGAGAACUUCAACCUCGGCUUCGACCGCAAUGACCCGUCCACGGUUCACAAGGACAAGCUUCCCUUGAUCAACGAAAAGGGCAUGUGUCUGCACUACGGUCUGCCGCACGAGAAGUUUGUGUGGGACAUUCGCAGCGAGCCGGGCGUGAUUGGGGCCUUUGAGAAGAUCUACGAUGACGAGGACCUGAUCGUUUCCUUUGAUGCCAUCAACUUCCAGUUCCCCAAUCGCACCGACAUCGCCCCCAACAAACCCUGGCCACACCAAGACCAAGAUCCCGAGAAACACGGUUUCCGCUGCAUGCAAGGUCUCGUCAACCUCCUCCCGAACGGGCCCUCAGACGGUGGCCUCAUCGUCUGUCCAGGCGGCCACCUCCUCUCGGAACAAUUUCACCGCGAAAUGGCAGAUGAAGAACGCAUUCCGGCCUGGACACCAGAAUGGUACGGCUACACCGAGCGCGGUAUGAAAUGGCUCGCCGACCACGGGUGCACAUGGAAGAAGAUCUGCGCCGAGCCAGGCGACCUGCUACUGUGGGAUUCGCGCACGCCGCACUACAACCUCAGCCCGAAGAAUGAACAGGCGCGCUUCGCCAUCUAUACGUGCUACAUGCCUGUGGCAGAUGCGACGCAGGCGGACCUGGUGCGGAAGAAGGAUGCGUUUGAUCGGCGGGUUGGGACGACGCAUUGGCCGAAUGCGAAGCAUACGGGGUCGAAUGUGGCGCAGCGAGAUGGAGUGGAGGAUCCGCAUAAUCGCGAUCGUCCGGUGACGGAGCCGGUGUUGAGUGAGCGGGCGUUCAAGUUGACGGGGAUUCCGUAUAUUCAGGAUCAGACGGCGGUUGUGAAGACUGUGACUGCUUGA